GUGGAACUCUACGAAACACAGUUCACCAGUUUGGAUACUCCUGAAAAACUAGACAAAAUGGCUCAGAUUAACCCCAUGCCCAUGGGCCCUUGGAAGAUCACCGUGUACGAUCAGGAGUACUUCCAGGGAAGGCGUAUGGAGUUCACUGCCUGCUGCCAGAACAUCAUGGAGUGCGGUAUGGAGAACAUCCGCUCCCUGAAGGUCGAGUGUGGCGCCUGGGUGGGCUACGAGCACUCCAGCUUCUGCGGCCAGCAGUUCGUCCUGGAGAAGGGAGACUACCCUCGCUUCGAGGCCUACAGUGGCAGCAACUCCUACCGCAUUGAGAGGAUGAUCUCCUUCAGGCCCAUCUGCUGUGCUAACCACAAGGAGUCCCGUAUGACCAUCUUCGAGAAGGAGAACAUGAGCGGUCGUCAGUUCGAGCUGUGCGAUGACUACCCCUCUCUGCAGGCCAUGGGAUGGAUGAACAACGAGGUUCAAUCCAUGCAAAUCCAGGGUGGAGCUUUUGUGUGCUACCAGUUCCCUGGCUACCGUGGCUACCAGUACAUCAUGGAGUGUGACUGCCGCGGAGGAGAGUACAAGUGUUACCGUGAGUUUGGCUCCCACUCCCAGACUCCCCAGAUUCAGUCCAUCAGGAGGAUCCAGCACUGAGAAGGGAACAUUUCCAUCAGACUUCCUCAUCUUCUCCUACUCUUCCUCUUCUCCUUCCUCCUGCACUUCCAUCCUCCCUUCUCUUACUUUUCUCCCCCAACCUCCAUCUCCCCGGCCCCGUCGGUCCGGCUAGUCAAAGCAGGAUCCCUGGCUGGACUUCAGGUGCUUACUGGUGUCAGUUGUUCACAGCACUUUUGCAUUUUUUAAAGAAACAUCAACAAAAAGAGGAAAGAUGUAAGAAAGACAGAAAACAGGAAUGACAGAAUUGAUUGAAUAGGCUGAAUCAGUUUGAAAGAGAUGCAACAUCUGCCGAGGUUGGCUGCAGAACGGUGAAAACACCUCAAAGUUUUUGCUUUUUUUCAUCUCCACCAUUGAUGGCAUCAUCAUCAUCAUCUUCAUCGUCAUUGUUUUCUACGGCAACAUGAUCACCAGUCUUGCUGUUACUAUGAUUUCCAUGACUGCCUGUGUUCAAGACGAUGAAUAAAGAGAAUGAGAAAAGAAACAGAGAGAUUCACAA